GCCCCUAGCACCCCCCCCCCCCCCAACUCUCUCUCUCUCUCUCUCCCCUUGCUCGCUCGCUCGCUCUCCAUGGACGCUCCAAGAAGCUGCACGCCUCCUGCACGCUAAGUGAUCAGAGAAGCUGCCGCCAAGCUUUACCAGUUGACCCUGAACCAAACAGGAGCUAGCUGCUUGCUAGCUCUGGGUAGCAGCAGCAGCAGCUAGCGAGCGAGAAGUGCACGAGCAGGUGUGCUAGCUAGCUAAGCGAGGUAGCUCUCGUUAGCUGCGCGUAGCUUGAUUGAUUGGCUAGCGGCGUAGCGGUGGUAGCGUUAGGUAGCUGGUAGCUUCAGUUUUGGACAUGGAGAGCGCGCCGGUGCUGGUGAGGCACGCCGGCGGCGUAGCGGCGCUGCGGCAGCUGCCGCCGGGGUUCCGGUUCCGCCCCACGGACGAGGAGCUGGUGGUGCAGUACCUCCGCCGUAAGGCCUUCGGCGUCCCGCUCCCCGCCGCCGUCAUCCCCGUCGUGCGCGACCUCUACAGCCUGGACCCCUGGGACAUCCCUGCCGCUGCAGAUGCGAGCGAGGGGGAGAAGUACUUCUUCGCGGUCCGGCCGGCGUCCGUCGGCGGCGGGUGCCGCAAGAGCGGCGCUAGGUCGCCGGCGACCGCGAGCGGGCGGUGGAAGCCGGCGGGGAAGGAGAAGCCGGUGGUCCUGCCUCGGCCGUGCGGCGGCGGGAGCCUCCUCGUCGGCGUGAAGCGGGCGAUGACGUUCGCUCCCCGGCGGAAGAAGAAGGCAUCGGCGCCGUCGGCCGCCCUGGCCGCCGGCUGGGUCAUGCACGAGUACCGCCUCGCCGCGCCGCUGCACAAGAACGGCUGCAGCCUGGCGCAGGCCGAAGGGGAGUGGGUCGUGUGCCGGGUCUUCCAGACCCAGAGGAGCAGCAACAGGCCGAGGCGGCGAGGGACGCCGGCCGGCCACGCCGCCGCCGCCGCGUCGCCGUCGUCGUCGACCGCCAGCUGCGUCACGGACGGCUCGGACCAGGAGGAGGUCAGCAGCUAGCUACCUCGCGGCCGGCCGGCCGGCCACAAGAAUCGCAAGGUCUGCUGCUAGCUAGCUGUGCCUCUCAAAGAGAGGCUGGAUCGGAGCUGAGUUAUUAGCCUAUAGCCUUAGGCUGAAACCAGGAAACGAAAACGACCUGCGGCCCUUACUUUUCUUGCUUGCUCCAACAUUUCUUGUCACCUUUUAGUUCCUUCUCUCUCUCUUUCCCUCUGUAUGAUGUAAUGCAGUGUAAUCUAGUGAGAGGAAGCAGGCAGUACCGGAUCAUUAACAGGCAAGUUAAUCAGGUUCAGGAAGCUUCUAGUUGAGGUUUUCAGAAGCCAGAUGUGUCGUAUCUCGUAUGCAACUACGCAUGGAGUACAUGUAUAUGCAGGUAGCAGCUGCAGGAGUGGCCUCUGCAUGUGGCCGAUUUGUAACUCGCAAGUUGUCCUUAAGGUCUUUGUAAUGUUUCUUCAUGGAAGAGGAAUCUGAAAGCCGUAACAGCAAUCGCUACGUUCGGCCGUGCUAGCUAUA